GAGAUUUCAAACGUUCAAGGUCUCUAUAGCUAAAGAACGGGCUCCUUUGGAAGGACGUUAGGAUUUUACCACGUCUUUCUACACUGUACGGUGACGUCAGUGUUUGCUUGAUGGCUAAAAAACGUGGUAAUUCUGCAUCAAACUCUGUUACAUCGGAAAUCCAGGUUAGUAGUAAUGAUAAUCUGUUUUCAACGACUUCGAAUCAUUCCCGAAAACCAUUUACAAAGACAGAAAGCCUUGCUCUACUGAAUUAUAUUCAAGACAAUAACUUACUGUCAUUGUUGAACAAACGCUCAACCUAUGCUCAUUUAGAAGCUGUUAAGAUUUCACAUCAUUGUGCUGAAAGUAUACGUAGUCAUGUUCGACAAGUUUUACUUCCUACGUUCAAAAAUCUUCAGAAUCAAACAGGCAAAAACGUUCUAACUAAGACUAUUACCGAAAGAAAGAGUGUACAAAUUUCAGUGACAAAAAUCAAACUUUGA